AUGGCAGUGGCAACUUGUCCGCAGCUGAUUGGUGGAACUACAAGUGUAGAUGCCAACCCUGCCAAUACUUGAAGUUUCCGUGUUACUUCGUCAGCCGUGUGAUAACUCGUGUUUUGAAUGUGUUUUGUUGAUGACAUACGGCUCAUCUCAAGCUUAUGUUUUGUCAGAAAUUACAUCUAUAAUAAUGCAACAGAUUUAAUGUUUACUACGAUAGAGUAUCGAAAAAAUAAUCAAUAAUUCAUGAAUGGAAGACAACAUUCAAACAUUUCAACCGGCGUGAAUAUUUGUUUUAGUGCGAAAAUUCUUUGAAAUCAAGAGACAGAAGUGUCAUAAGGAAAUGGAUAUGUAAAUAAAUAGCGUUGUGAUUUUUGUGUUCAAUUGUGAUCUCUUAUCCAAGUUUGCUAAGUUGUUAUGGUGCAUCACGGAAGUUAUGAAGAGUGAAUAAUAUUGUUUUAAUUUUGAAAUAGGUUGUUUGAUUGCCUACAAUGAAGGCGAAUUUUGUGAUAUUGUUGUGUGUUCUAAUUAACAUAUAUUUUUCUGACGCUGCAAGUAAACAAAAGUCAAAAUCAGUCACAACUUUCAUUGAUGCUAAAUGGGAAGUUACUCCACUAGUUCUUGAGGUAGCUGAAUUUCUAGCUGAUGAAAAUGGGAACUAUCUGUGGGAAUUCAUUGAUGCCAUUAGUGCACUUCAACCACCUUUGAUUGAUUUAAGUACUGAAAAGGCUAGCUAUGAUAAAGUGUUGGAAGUUGCAGGGGAGCUUAUCCCUCCCUCACAGUUGUCAGUCCUCAAACUUGCUCUAUCUCUGCAUACCUAUUCACCAAAAGUGGAAAUGUUUGCACAGAUGGCAUCGGAAAGAGGCUUGCCAUCUCUUGGGUGCCCUGCAGCUGCUGACAGUUUGCAAGGACCACAACUUGUUGAAAGCUUUGGUAUUGAUCAUCAUUAUCCUGGCUCUCAAAAUGACAGCCUUGUAGUAGUGCUGUAUGGAGAAUUGGGAACUCCUGAAUUUACUGCAUUCCAUCAUGUUUUAAAACCCAAGGCUUCUUUAGGAGAACUGGACUAUGUAGUACGACAUUAUGUGAAGGAGAGGCCCAACAAACGUGUGAGACUUUCUGGCUAUGGAGUCGAGUUGCAGAUUAAAUCUACAGAGUACAAAGUGCAGGAUGAUACUCAAGUACAGUCAGAUGGAACCUCUGAUGGAGGCGAACAACAAGAUGAGAAUGAAGAGAUAGAAGGCUUUCAUUUCAAUCGUCUCAAGACUCUAUACCCAGACAUGAAGGAAAAUCUUGACAAAUUUCGGCAGCAUCUACUGGAAUCAAGUAGUGAAUUGGCCCCUCUCAAAGUCUGGGAAGUACAGGAACUCAGUUUGCAGGCUGCGGCUCGAAUUGUAUCUGCACCCCGAGAAGAAGCUUUAAAAGUGCUUACAACUAUUGCUCAAAACUUCCCUUUACAAGCACGCUCUUUAGUACGCACUCAAGUGAGUAGUGAACUGAAACAAGAAGUAAAGGAGAAUCAAGAAUCCUUUUCAGCAUCACUCAACCUUCAGCCUUCAGACACUGCAUUAUUCCUCAAUGGCAUGUUCUUUGAUCUUGAUGUUGUGGAUAUGAUCUCUCUCUUGGAAGUUGUGAGGCAAGAGUUGCGUGUUAUGGAAGGUUUACACAAAAUUGGUAUUUCCCAGUCUCAGAUGAGUUCUCUUUUGGCUUUGGAUUUUGGUGGAAAUAAUAAUGGAGAAUAUGCCAUUGAUAUUAGAGAUUCAGCUGUCAUUUGGAUUAAUGAUAUUGAGACAGACAAGCAGUAUAGACGGUGGUCAGAAUCACUAAUGGAGUUGUUAAGACCUACUUUUCCUGGAAUGUUGCGAAGCAUACGUCGGAAUUUGUACCAUUUGGUGAUUGUAGCUGAUCCUGCCAAACAUCAAGUGAAGCCAAUUCUGAAAUUUGCAGAGUCCUUUUAUGUUCAUUUGGCUCCUUUACGAAUUGGCCUUGUUUUUGCUGUGAAUCCAGACUCAGAUGCCAAUGGUUUUAACGAUGCAGGUGUUGCCUUGCUGAAUGCUUUCAACUAUGUUUCUGAACUGAAAGAUGCAUAUCAUGGACUCAGCUUCCUUACUGAUAUUUAUGCACAAAUUAAGGAGGAAAGGGAUGUCACUGUAAAAGAUGUCAUUAAUUUAAUGCGCACUAGGUAUCCAUCAGCCUCUGUUGAUGAAAUAUUUGGUGAAGAUUCUGAAUAUGAUACAGGUCGUAAACUGGCUAAAGAUUUCAUAGAGAGAACUGGAUUGCGGAAUCUUCCACAAGUUCUGCUGAAUGGCAUUCCCUUGCCUGAAAAUGUACUUAAUGCAGAUGAUUUUGAGGAAGGUGUGCUGAGUGAGAUUAUGGCUCAAACAACUGUAUUCCAGAAAGCUGUGUACAAAGCUGAACUUUCAGAUUCAGAUAACACUUUGGACUUCAUUAUGAAUCAGCCCAAUGUUAUGCCUAGGGUUCUUAACAAUGAUCGAGUAUAUCUGGAUGUAACUGGUUCCAUCAAAGGAAGUGGUUCAGUAGAUGUGGAAGCCUUCAAGCUAUUGUCGCCUAGAGACAAGACCGCAGUUAUUCUUGGCCGUUGGAUGCGCUAUUUCCAUGGCCCUCGAUCUCAUCCUCCACACAUCCUGACUCAUUGGGUAGCUGCAGACUUGCAGGAGCCUUCAGGCCGCUCAUUGCUCCUGUAUGCUCUUCAAAAUAUGAAGGGGAGUGGUAAUUCACGUGUGGGCUUGCUACUUAAUCCCCUGGUGAGUCCUGAGCAAAAGGCACAACCUUUGAACUUACUAGCUCUGGCAUCUUUGCGCUCUCUAAAUCCCCAAGCAGCUUCCAAUCUGCUUAUACACAUCUUGGAAGAUGAAAAUCUGGCCAGUGGAUUGGCUGAUGGCUCAAAGACCCUGAAAGAUGUACCGGAGAUGGGAGUGGACUUCAGUGAACUCUCUGAAGCUCUGAAAGCAGAUGGAGAUGCUUCAAAGACAGAUUUAGAGCUUCUACGUGCAUUUAGAUUCUACUGUCAGUCAGUACUAAGUGUACCUCCUGGAAGUCGAGCUGUUGUGACCAAUGGACGAGUGCUAGGACCAUUGGAUACGACUGAGGCUUUCACUCUAGAUGAUUUCUCUCUGCUGGAACGGUACAGUCUUCGAGUGUAUGGUGAUAAGAUUCUCCAGGCAUUGAAGGCCAAAGCAAAUGAUGAUGAUGAUGAUAUUGAUGACAGUGAUAUUUUAAUGCAAGCUGUUGCUAUCCUCCCAGCUUUGGAUAUUGUGGUGAUUGUAGACCCUGUGUCAAGAGGAGCUCAGAAAGUGGGACCCAUUGCAUCUGUUUUGCAUGAAACACUUAAUUGCAACAUCAAGCUUUUCCUCAAUUGUGUGGAAAAGAGCAGUGAUAUGCCUCUCAAAAGUUUCUAUCGAUUUGUAUUGGAACCCGAAGUACAAUUCACACCAGAGGGUCGACAAUCUGCAGGACCUUUAGCUCGUUUUACUAACAUGCCCACCUCAGUGCUGCUUACACAAAACAUGCAAGUGCCUGAAAAUUGGCUGGUGGAAUCUGUGCGUUCACCAUACGAUCUUGACAACAUCAGAUUAGAAGAUGUGGAUAGUGGAGUACACAGUGAAUAUGAAUUGGAAUACCUCUUGCUGGAAGGACACUGCUUUGAAGCAAACUCGGGUAAUCCUCCGCGAGGAUUACAGAUAACUCUUGGCACUGAGUCUGAGCCAGUGCGUGUUGAUACCAUUGUAAUGGCAAAUCUAGGGUACUUUCAACUAAAAGCCAAUCCUGGAGCAUGGAUUUUGCGAUUACGACAAGGUCGAUCAGCUGAUAUAUUUGAUAUUGUUAGCCAUGACGGAUCUGACACUCCUGCAAAUUCAUCUGACAUUAAAGUGGUAAUUAGCUCAUUCAGAAGCCACGUCUUGAAGUUGCGUGUGGGCAAGAAACCAGAUAAGCAGCACCUCUCUCUCCUUUCUGAUGAUGAUGCUGCUCCUGGCCUCUGGAAUUCAAUCACCAGCGAACCCCCGUUGUCUGGUGUUGGCAGCACCUUCGGUGGAGCCAAAAAGGACGAGGAAGAAGAGGAGCGAAUCAACAUAUUCUCGCUGGCCUCAGGACAUUUGUACGAGCGUUUUCUCCGCAUUAUGAUGCUUAGUGUGUUAAAACACACAACUACACCUGUCAAGUUCUGGUUCCUCAAAAAUUAUUUAUCUCCUACCUUUAAGGAUUUCCUACCCCACAUGGCCAAAGAAUAUGGCUUUGAAUAUGAAUUAGUUCAAUACAAGUGGCCACGUUGGCUUCACCAGCAGACAGAGAAGCAGCGAAUUAUAUGGGGUUACAAAAUUCUCUUUUUGGAUGUAUUGUUUCCCUUAAGUGUUCGCAAGAUAAUCUUUGUGGAUGCAGAUCAGGUGGUACGAGCUGACAUGCAUGAGCUGGUAGAACUGGAUCUGGGAGGUGCUCCUUAUGGUUAUACACCAUUUUGUGACAGCCGCACUGAAAUGGAUGGUUUCCGUUUCUGGAAGCAAGGCUACUGGCGAAACCAUCUACAGGGCCGCCGCUACCACAUCAGUGCCCUGUAUGUAGUGGAUUUACGUCGUUUUAGAAGAAUAGCUGCUGGAGAUCGAUUGAGAGGCCAAUAUCAGGCCCUCAGUCAGGAUCCAAAUUCUCUGUCCAACUUGGAUCAGGAUCUUCCAAACAACAUGAUUCACCAGGUGGCUAUCAAAUCAUUGCCACAGGAGUGGCUGUGGUGUGAAACUUGGUGUGAUGAUGCUUCCAAGAAGUAUGCAAAGACAAUUGACUUAUGCAAUAAUCCAUUGACUAAAGAGGCAAAGCUGACUGCAGCCAUGCGAAUUUUACCAGAGUGGAAGGAUUACGAUGCUGAAAUUAAAAAGUUACAGCAACGGGUUGACCAUACACAUACAGAAGAAGGUAUGGAAGGUCAAGUUCCUGUGCCAUUGCAACCAAGUCAAGCAGAUGUGCACACUCAUUCUGCAUCCCAUUCGGAGUUAUGACACUGCCUCACUGUGGUUAGUUCCUUGUGAGACUGAUGUAAGUGUGAUCCCCUGUGAAUAGCACCCUACCCUGGCGCCUGCUGUGUCAUGAUCUUUUAAUUUAAGUGUGUUGCUACCAAAUAAAUGAGUUAUUACAAGAAAAAA